AGAUGACAAGAUGACGAAAGGAGAGGAGCAAGGCGAGCACAGAACUGGGAGGAAGGGUGAUUUAGACUGUGCUAUGCGUAACAACUCUCAAGCCGUUAGGCAUGACCCCUCAAAAUCAAGAGGCUGACCUGUCAGCCUCCAAAUCAACAGCAGAAGAAUUCAAGCAGGAGAGUCUUGGGCUGGGGGAGGAAGGCGUGUACCGAUUAGCCAGCUGUGUGUGCAAAUGUAGGGGCCCGCUUCAGCACCAACCAGGGAUGCCCGGCUCCCCGGAGCAGGGGUUGUCCCUAGCCUUCUCUCCAAGAGAUCUCGAAAUAUUUUUGGAGGGUAGCUGUACUGGAGGAGAAAGGUCUGGUCUGGAAGGAAUCCUGGCCCGGGAUAUUACAUAUCCAUCUUCACAGAAGUAAAGGAGGGACCCUGGACGCACCGCCGACCCUCAGGUUAGUCUGUCCCAUGACCCGGAACAGCAGCUGGAGCCGCCUCUACGCCCUCUGCCCACGUGCCGGCAAUAGCAGCCACGUGGGGCUCUGCGGAAACGCCUUCGAAAAGAUUUGUCCCCUGCGCUGCCCAGUAGAGAGGGAGGCCCGGGAAGAGCGCAGGAGGAGGAAACGGUACCGGCAGGAGGCCUGGCUCGCGCGAGCCUGAGGCUGCAGGGGGCGGGGCAGGAGGCGGGGCUUUCCCGGCCAACGCCAGGGGGCGGGCCUCGGAUCCGAAGGGUGGGCUUUGGAGGGCCGUGAGGAGCUGCUUCCUGGUCGCCUGGACUCCUCGGCUUCCGCCUUAGCUCAAACCCUGGCCGGGCCGGCCCCGUGGUCGCCAUGGAGUCCACGCUGGGCGCCGGCAUCGCGAUGGCCGAGGCGCUGCAGAACCAGCUGCCCUGGUUGGAGAACGUGUGGCUCUGGGUCACCUUUCUGGGCGACCCCAAGAGCCUCUUUCUGUUCUACUUCCCCGUGGCCUACUACGCCUCUCGCCGGGUGGGCAUCGCGGUGCUCUGGAUCAGCCUCAUCACCGAGUGGCUCAACCUCGUCUUCAAGUGGUUUCUGUUUGGAGACAGGCCCUUUUGGUGGGUCCAUGAGUCUGGGUACUACAGCCAGGCUCCAGCCCAGGUUCACCAGUUCCCCCCUUCUUGUGAAACUGGUCCAGGCAGCCCUUCCGGACACUGUAUGAUCACAGGAGCAGCCCUUUGGCCCAUAAUGACGGCCAUCUCUUCCCAAGUGGCCACUCGGACCCACAGCCGCUGGGUGAGGGUGAUACCUAGCUUGGCUUAUUGCACCUUCCUGCUGGCGGUCGGCUUGUCCCGGGUCUUCCUCUUAGCACAUUUCCCUCACCAGGUGUUGGCUGGCCUAAUAACUGGUGCUGUCCUGGGCUGGCUGAUGACCCCCCGGGUGCCCACGGAGCGGGAGCUAAGCUUCUACGGGUUGACCUCACUGGCCCUCUUGCUGGGUGCCAGCCUCAUCUAUUGGACCCUCUUUACACUGGGCCUGGAUCUUUCUUGGUCCAUCAACCUAGCCUCUAAGUGGUGUGAACGGCCUGAGUGGGUGCACUUGGACAGCCGGCCCUUUGCCUCUCUGAGCCGCGACUCAGGGGCCGCCCUGGGUCUGGGCAUCGCCCUUCACUCCCCCUGCUAUGCCCAGGUGCGGCGGGCAUACCUGGGACAUGGCCAGAAGCUAGCCUGCCUUGUGUUGGCCAUGGGGCUGCUGGGCCCCCUGGACUGGCUGGGCUACCCGCCUCAGAUCAGCCUUUUCUACAUCUUCAAUUUCCUCAAGCACACCCUCUGGCCAUGCCUGGUCCUGGCCCUCGUGCCCUGGCUGGUGCACACGUUCAGUGCCCAGGAAGCACCACCCAUCCGCUCUUCCUGACUCUAGGUGCCUCCUACUGCCACUUUCCCUCUCCCAAAGCCCACACACUCCGUGACCUCCACACUCUGGGGAGGCAGCCCCGUCCCCUUCCAGCCCCCAACAGGCCCUGCUCAUGGUGAAUUUUCUACUUCUCCCACCACCUGGUCUCAGCCCCAAAGAAGGGCCUUCUCUCUCCCAGGAAGGCUAGUCUUCCUCCUGCCUUCCCUCCCAUGUCCCCAAAGGGCAAAGGCAACAGCGAGACCAGUGGGUUCCUAUAACACUGUGAGGGGCUCAGAGCAGCCCCAAUAAAGCCCUUCCACACCUCUGGA